UGACAAAGAGAAGAUAAUUGAAUUGUUGUUGUCUGCCAACACAACCGGGAAUGAGAUCCCUGUGAUCCCCAUUGUUGGCAUGGCCGGGAUCGGCAAGACAACCCUUGCCCAGUUUGUAUACAAUGAUGCUCGACUAAAUGACAAUUUUUCAAUGAGAUCAUGGGUUUGCGUGUCUGAUGCAUUUGAUAUUUCCAUAAUAACGAAGAAAAUAUUGGACGAUCUCACCUCAUCGGACAAUGACAUGAUCAGCAGCUUCAAUCAACUUCAAACCAAGUUGAAAGAGAUGGUCGCGGGGAAGAAAUUUCUAAUUGUUCUGGACGAUGUUUGGAAUGACAAUUACAUUGAUUGGGACAUAUUAAGAAGACCUUUGAAGGCUGGAGCAUUGGAAAGUAGGAUCAUCGUAACGACACGCAAUGACACUGUCGCGUCAAUGAUGGGCACAAUCGCUAGUCAUUUCUUGGAGCAAUUGUCGUUUGAAGAUUGUUGGUCAUUAUUUGCAAAGCACGCCUUUGUGAAUAGAGAUUAUAUGGCUUAUCCAGAGCUAGAGAGUAUUGGCAGAGAAAUUGUGAAGAAGUGUGGAGGCUUGCCUUUAGCAGUAAAAUCACUCGGAGGUCUCUUGCGUUCUAAAUUGAAAAUUGAGGAGUGGGAAAAUAUAUUAAAAAGCAAGAUAUGGGAUUUGGAUCGCAACAUUCCUCCAGCUCUAAGAUUGAGCUAUCAUUAUCUUCCUUCGCAUUUAAAGCAAUGCUUUGCAUUAUGUUCGAUAUUUCCUAAAGAUUACGAAUUUCAAAAGAAAAAGUUAGUUCGAUUAUGGAUAGCCUUAGAUUUUGUGCAGCAACCCAAAAGCAACAAUUCAGUGGAAGAUGAAGGUAACGACUGCUUUCAUGAAUUAUUAUCGAGGUCUUUCUUUCAAAGAUUAGAUUCUUAUUUUGUAAUGCAUGACUUGAUCCAUGACUUAGCACAAGAUAUAUCUGGAGACUUUUGUUUUAGACUAGAUUAUGACAAGAAACUUGUUCAUAUCUCUGAAAAAGUUUGCUAUUUUUCAUAUGUUCUAGGCGAGUAUGAUGGAUUUGAAAAUUUUAGGGUUCUGAAUGAGGUUAAAUGUUUAAGAACAUUCAUGUCAUAUUCAAGAGAUCGCCGAUUGGAUCGUUGUUACUUAGAUAUUAAAUUUGUUACGUUGUGA